GCCGAGUACAUGCUCAACCGGGGAAGUUAAUAUAUACUCUCCCUCUCGCUCCCUCACUCACGGGCAAAGCACCACCGCGCGUGUUUCUCACUUGGUCCCUGUUUAUAAUCCUCGAGAUCCUUGCUCAUGCCCCAGCUCUCACUCUCUUAUGCAGUGGAAGAAAUUAAUUUCUCUAAUACAGAUAACAAUGGCGAAUUGCCUCUUUCUUCUUCACAGCUGUGCAUCCAGGAAUCCCAAUAGAUUGCUUCCCAAUCUCCCCCUCAUCAUAACAACCACCGUCUUCUGCACCGUCUUCUAUCUCAUAGGCCUCUGGCAGCACUCCUCUGGCCUUGUCACUAUUGAUGCAGGCUACGUCGUCGCCGAUUCCAUCUGCCUCCUCCCCAAUUCCACCUCAUCUUCUCUGUCGUCCCCGCCCCCGCCCAACCUCGACUUCACCGCCCACCACCAAAUCCCAGGCCCUCUUCCUGCUCCGGAGGCGGCGCGCGAUUUCCAAUUCCCUCCCUGCGACGUCUCACUCUCCGAGUACACACCCUGCGAGGACGUCAACCGGUCCUUGAAAUUCGACAGAGACAGAUUAAUCUAUCGCGAGAGGCACUGUCCGGAUCCGGAAGAGGGGUUGCGGUGCCGAGUUCCGGCUCCGCACGCGUACCGAGUUCCGGUGCGGUGGCCGGAGAGUCGCGACUGGGUUUGGUACGCUAACGUGCCUCACAAGGAGUUGACUGUGGAGAAGAAGAAGCAGAACUGGAUUCGGUUCGAAGGGGACCGGUUUCGAUUCCCUGGGGGAGGGACCAUGUUUCCUCGGGGUGCGGACGCUUACAUCGACGAUAUCGGGAAGCUCAUCAACUUGAGAGACGGGUCCAUCAGAACAGCCAUCGACACCGGGUGCGGGGUUGCGAGUUGGGGAGCGUACCUGAUGUCACGGAACAUAUUAGCAGUCUCAUUUGCACCCAGAGACACGCACGAAGCUCAGGUCCAAUUCGCUCUGGAGCGAGGAGUCCCCGCACUGAUCGGAGUUCUCGCCUCUAUCAGACUUCCUUACCCUUCCAGAUCCUUUGACAUGGCUCACUGCUCUCGCUGCCUCAUUCCCUGGGGCCAAUACGACGGGAUAUAUCUCACGGAAGUGGACAGAGUGCUGCGGCCUGGAGGGUACUGGAUUCUGUCAGGGCCACCAAUCAAUUGGCAGAAACACUGGAAAGGCUGGGAGAGGACUCGCGAGAGUCUUCAACAAGAACAGGACGGCAUCGAGGGUGUGGCUAAGUCGUUGUGCUGGAAGAAACUGGUUCAGAAGGAGGAUCUCGCAAUAUGGCAGAAGCCCACCAAUCAUGUUCACUGCAAAAUCACCCGAAGACUUUUCAAGAAUCGUCCCAUGUGUCACUCAUCACAGGAUCCGGACACAGCCUGGUACACUAAACUGGAGACCUGCCUGACCCCGCUGCCUCGGGUGCGUGACAUAAAAGAGGUGAGCGGCGGAGAGCUGGCGAAAUGGCCAGAGAGGCUAAACUCGGUGCCUCCCAGGAUUGGCAGCUGGAGUGUGAGGGGAAUCACGGGGGAGAUGUUCAGAGAAGACAGCGAAUUGUGGAAAGAGAGGGUGAGAAUGUACAAGAGAGCGGAUCAUCAGCUGGCGGAACGAGGGAGGUACAGGAACGUGCUUGAUAUGAACUCUCACCUGGGAGGCUUUGCCGCCGCGUUAGCAUCGGCCGGUGAUCCCCUGUGGGUCAUGAAUGUGGUCCCGGUGGAGGCGGAGAUCAACACGCUGGGCGUCAUUUUCGAGCGUGGUUUGAUCGGUACGUACCACAACUGGUGCGAAGCCAUGUCCACUUACCCGAGAACAUACGACUUCAUACAUGGGGCCGGGCUGUUCAGGCUGUACAAAGAGAGGUGUAAAAUGGAAGAUAUAGUGCUGGAGAUGGACAGGAUUCUGAGGCCAACGGGGAGCGUGAUCGUGAGAGAUGACGUGGACGUUGUGAUGGGGCUGAAGAGCAUGGCGAAGGCAGUGCAGUGGGAGACGAGAAUAGAGGACCAUGAGGAUGGCCCUCUUCACAGAGAGAAGAUACUCUUUGCAGUCAAGCCCUACUGGACUGCUUGACUUGUCUAUUCUUUUGUGCCUCCUCCCUCCCUCCCUCCCUCUAAUUUUUCAUGCAACCAUCACUGCCCUUGCUCCCUAUGGUUUUCUGGCCCUUCCUUCAUUAUGUUUAAUUUAUACAGUUCCUACAGAAAAAGUCUUUUUCUUGCAGCAAAGGGAAACAUCUCGUGUUUAUUAUAUUCGUCUUGUUAUUUAAUACCGGAAAUAUUUAUCUAUUAUUAUUAUUUUUUGUUUCAA